AACUUUCCUCUCUAAGAUCACUUUGAAGGUAUGUAAUCCAAACAGCCCAAAAUCAAUUCAAAUUAGUCGGCAUUCAUCACCAACUUAAAUAUAUUGACAACUAUCUCUGCAGUUUCGAUACCAAGAUGACCAAGGGAACUUCCAGCUUCGGAAAGCGUCACAACAAGACGCAUACUCUGUGCCGACGAUGUGGACGUCGAUCUCUUCACAUCCAGAAGCACACCUGCUCCUCUUGCGGAUACCCGGCCGCUAAAACCAGAAAGUACAACUGGAGCGAGAAGGCCAAGCGCCGAAAGACUGUUGGUACUGGCCGUAUGCGAUACCUCAAGGAUGUCUCCCGCAGAUUUAAGAACGGCUUCCGAACCGGCGUACCCAAGGACGCGCGAGGUCCGGCUCUGAAAUAAGGCGUCGGUACAUUGGGGGGUGACGGGUGAUGACAGUGGCAUGGCAGGGGAAUGGUGUUUCUGACUUCUGGAAUGGCUCAUCAUGGACUCGUAAAUCUCUGAGUUCUGCGGGAAUGUCAUGCUGGCAUUCCCGAACAAAAAUGGCAUUAUGAAUUGAUAAACCCGAUGGUAGUCCCUUUGACUGAUUGUUAUGACCAGCCUACUUUAUGAUGUUUACCCGUAGGUCUCCCGUCUCCUUACUCGGCUGAAGUGUUGGUGAUUAGUGCCGUAAUAUCACCGCU